AAUAAAAAUUAGCAACGGCUGAACACAAAUACAAGACUUGAGCUUAACUCCAUCUAAAACCGCGACAACUUCCAAUUCAUUGAUAUGCUAGUGACGACGACAGCUACGACUUCAACCACAACUGCACCACUAUCGACAUUACCAAUGAGUCCAUCAUCAAGCCCGGAAACCAACUCUACACCCACGUUCUUCAAGGAGUCAGUCGACUCUCCUGACGCUGCCAUGCAACCAUUCACACCUGGGCAAUGCCUAUUAUGUCCCCAUCCCUCACCAAGCUUCAAUGACAGUGUGAUACACAUGCAAAAAUCACACGGCUUGUUUAUUCCACAUCAGCAACACCUAGCCGUCGAUCUCGAGACUCUCUUCAGAUAUCUGCAUCUUAUUAUUUUUGGAUACCGAGAAUGUAUACAAUGCGGAACACAGCGAGCUACUGUACAAGCUGUACAGCAACAUAUGGCUGGUAAGGGUCACUGUAAAUUUGAUAUAUCAGAACAAGCCUCGGAGUUUUCCGAGUUCUACGACUUCUCUAGGCUGGAGGAUGACAGAGAUAGUGAUAUUGAGGGCGAGAACGAUGAGAGGAAUCAGGAGAAGUCGGUGACAAGCUCAAGUCGAAAGCCACUGCUGGCUGAUGAAGACUCAAUUCGUUUACCGUCAGGUAAAAUUAUAUCGAAGAAGUCAUCAGCACAAGCAGAGCCGUCAUUUACUCAGGUACGCCGUCGAGCUCGAACCUUGGCUUCAAAACUAGAUUACUCCCCGGUAGAACCCGACGACGAGGAGGGAUCUAGCAAAGAGGGCCACAACUCGGAUAUAGGUGAAACACGAUCAUUAUCCAAGAGAGAGAAACGAGAGAAGGCAAUGGCGACAUAUCAGUUGGCAAAUAUGAGCGCGAACGACCGAAGCGGCUUAAUGCACUUAUCCACGCCUCAGCAGCGCUCAAUGCUGGCCACGCAACACAGGCAAGCAGAAAAAGUGCAGAAAGAAGAGAGACGAAGGCAGAGCAAAAUUGAACGGAAAGGGAACAAGAAUUUGUAUGCAUAUUGGGCCACUGAAACUCCCGUCUACCUAUGUGGCUAGAUAUACUGAAUGGCUUCUCUCGAUCUACUCGACGAGUAACCAUGCGUCCUCACGGCGGCAAUAAAAUCGCACACUCGGAUAGAAUUGCGGUGCUGAACCUCUUUAAUAGAGAAGAGCAGCUGCAGUACUUUUGCACCAUUUGGGCAUGAGCCGGAAUCUCAAUCCUAUGUCGCGGCCCGUAAAUUUUGCGCCCCUAUAAACCGUCGUAGGGUUGUCACAGGCGAAUUCUUGUAUUCGCGGCGUUCACAGUCACCCCGUUCCUUAGGGGAGCUACCAGAGGUGUGCCUGUAGUUCAACCCAUUGGCUAUGCAUGAGGUUGGCUGAAUGCUACUCACGUAGCAAUACCAUUGAUCUGCCUACGUAUCUGCUGAGAUGAGAGGACCGAGCUGGAGUUGCUCCCCGUAGAAUCCUUGCUCAGCGGUCCAGCAAACAUACCAUCUAAAAACAG